AGUUGAAGUGAAAUGAACUUUUCCCCUCACAUUCUUGUUUCCAUAGCAACAAUUACCCAAACUUUAACUGGUUUCUUUUAUAAUGGAGUGUUUUAAUAGAUAGAUAGUUAUUUUUAAUAUUUUCUUAACCGUUUUAAAAUGGAUCUACUUUUUCAAGCAAUUUCAUAUUAUAGACGACACCAUUUUGAAAAAUGCGCUGAUACUUGUACACAAAUAUUAGAUGAAAAACCAUAUGAUGAAGCAGCAUGGACAUUGAAAAUGAAAGCACUCUCUCAACAAGUUUAUGUUGAUGAUCUGGAAACUGAUGAAGAAGGAAUUGCAGAUAUUAUCAUGGAUGAAAACUCUAUAGCCCAAAUGGCACGACCUGGAACUUCAUUGAAAAAUCCUAAUACUUCAAAGGGAACAAGUCAAGCAUACAGACCAGUUACACAAUCUGGACGACCCUUGUCCGGAGUCAUACGUCCUGGAACACAAUCCGGCAGGCCUGGUACUAUGGAACAAGCCAUACGUACACGUACAGCUUACACUUCUAGACCUAUAACAAGUUCAUCUGGUAGAUUUGUCCGUUUGGGAACAGCAUCAAUGCUGUCUCAACCUGAUGGUCCUUUUAUAAAUUUUGCAAGACUUAAUAUAGCAAAAUAUGCAUCACAGCCCCAAGUAGCAAAGUACUUAUUUGAGUAUGCUUACUACCACGAUAAUGACAUAAGACAGGCAUUAGAUAUAGCUGCUCAAGCCACUCAAGCUUGCAAGUUUGAAGAUUGGUGGUGGAAGUUUCAACUUGGAAAGUGUUAUUACAGGUUUGGAAUGUUUCGUGAUGCUGAAAAACAGUUCAAAUCUGCAAUCAAACAACAAGACAUGAUAGAUUCAUUUUUGUGGUUAGGAAAAGUAUAUGUGGCCUUAGACCAACCCUUGGCAGCACUUGAUAUGUACAAGCAAGGUUUAGAAAAAUUUCCAGAAGAAACCUAUCUUAUGGUACAUACAGCUAGAAUUUAUGAGGGAUUGAAUGACUUAGAUCUUGCUGUAAAGUACUACAGAGAUGUUUUGAGUUAUGAAGCCAUUGAUGUAGAAGCCAUUGCAUGCAUUGCUGCUCAUCAUUUCUACAAUGAUCAGCCUGAAGUUGCUCUGAGAUAUUAUAGGAGAUUAUUACAAAUGGGAGUGUGUAAUAGUGAAUUAUAUAACAAUUUAGCUUUGUGUUGUUUUUACUCACAACAGCAUGAUAUGGCUGUUAUGUGCUUUGAAAGAGCUCUUUCACUUGCUACUGAUGAAACUUUACCAGAUGUUUGGUAUAAUAUCGGUCAUUUAGCAUUGGGAAUUGGUGACAAAAGUCUUGCAACUCAGUGCCUUAGACUCGCAUUAGUUGCAAACAAUGAUCAUGCUGAAUCUUAUAACAACCUUGGUGUUAUUGAAGGGACCAAAGGAAACUUAGACCAGGCCAAGGCAUUUUUUGUAGCUGCAGCAAAUCUUGGUCAACAUUUAUUUGAGCCCCAUUUUAACCAAGCUCUUCUUUCUGAAAAGGUAGGAGAUCUGCAAAAUGCGCAUUUUAUGGUUCAAAAAUCGUUGGAAGCGUAUCCAGAACACACAGAUUCUAAUGACUUGUUCAAGCGAAUAAAGAGUUUAUUUACAACCCUAUAAUGUGAUUCAGAGCCAUCCAAUAUAAACAACCGUCCAAAGAAAAUUGUAUUUGUAGAAAAUAUUUAUUUAAAUUUGAUUUUGUGUAAAUAGUAAAAUAAAUCUUAUUCUGUUA